AUGGAGAAAAAGUCUAGACAUAGGAACAAGGAUUUGAAAGAUGCAAUAGGUUGCAAGAUUGAAAGUGAUUCUGACUUACCUUCGGAGAGCCAGAUCCCUAUCAAGCUAGUGGGCGGGAACAAAAGGCAAAAGAAACGAACUGGCACCUCAAAAAAGUCGAAGGCUGCGAAAAGGUUAGAAAGGGAUGACUGGAAUUUGGAGUCAGCUGCAAUCUCCCGACCUCAGUUACUUUCGUCUGAUGAAGAGAGAGAAAACAAAAGAGAAAGAGUAAUGCCAGAUGAAAGUACAUUCAGCUUCAAUAAAUUUUCGCCUCUACCACCGAUUUCAUCUGACGCUAUCUCAGUUCGCGCUUCGACUUUCAUGAACAUCACAAGAAAGGAUUCGAUUGGUGGAAGGACCAAACUCCCGCCCAUUAAGAGACAGCCAAUGGACGAAAAGCCGGACUCAAACAGAAAGAAGAACCAGCCAUCUGGCCGUAAAAAGGAGAAGAAUUUUAUCACCUUCGAGCUCUUGCAUGAAAGGGAGGUAAAAAGUAAGGAGAGGCUGGAAAGGCAUGCUCAAAGGAGAAGAGAGACACUGGAUGGAUGGGAAAGAGAACGAGCUGCAAAAAUUGAAAAACAUCUUCACAAGCUGGAUUUGGCUGAGAGGAAUAAGGAGCAAAUCAGGCAGCACCGUAAACGAAAAUUAGAGUACGAAGAGGAAAAAAGACGGAAAGCAAAAGAGAGGGUAUGCUUAGGAAAUUUUUAUCACGGCAGUACAACGGCGUACGCGUUUUUAUGA